AUGGCGUGCAGUAAAGAAUUGCGUGUCCCAAAAGAAUGGAACAAAUACCACGAAGAUAUCGUGAACGAAUCCGUAGAUCCAGAAUUAUUCUCCGAAGAUGAACUCUUCUCGUGGUUAGAAGAACUUGAUUUGAGUCACAACAAGUCCGAAGUAGCAAAAUAUGUCCAUGGUGUAAGACCUUACCACUUGAUGCGUCACCAGGUUGUACUUAUUCCCAACAACGCAUUAUGUAGACAACUCUUUAAACUCUGGACAAAGACGGUAAUUGCACUAUUUAUGAGUGACGAUGUCUUGGAAAGAUUAAAUGAAGAUGAGAUGCACCAAAUCUGCAACGCUAUUCAAUUAUUGGAUGAUCAGAUACGUGAAGAAUUUCCCCGAUUUCCAACCAUCGCGGAAAUGAAGCAGUCUUUGUUGCUGCAGAAGGUUGACGAGAAGUUCAUUCCGCACAUUAUAUACUUUCUAGAUUUUGCAAACAACGUAGCAAAAUCUAUUAUCGACCAAGGUAAUUUUUCAAAAGAAGAUGUUAAUGAUUAUUGGAGGCGCUUAGUUGUCAUGAUUAUGCUUUACUAUCAAGGUGUUGAGGUGGAGGAUAAGCACAUCGUUUGCUCGUAUUCCGAAGAUGUCUUGACGCGUCUUCUUACUGCUGCAGCCAUGGUAUGGCUACAAGUCCAAGAAUUGGUGGUAGGGUAUGUGAUAAAAAACACUGAACACGUGUCUCUCUUAAACCAGUUGUAUUUCCUUGCUGUUGUCUAUGCCAUGGUCGUCAAUGAUGUCUAUUCUUACACCAGAGAAAUGAAUUUAGAUGUCGGCAUUUGCAAUAUGGUCCAAACAAUUGCUGGCAGCAAAGAGGCGUCUGCGGAGUCCGAUGCUGUUAUAAAAUGUGUUGAAAUUCUCAACGCGGUAGUAAAGACAAUGUAUCAGAAGAUUGAGAAGGCCAAGCAGAAAAACCCGGCAAACCGAGACCUGUGGAAAUUGUUGGACAACAUUGGCAUGGCUACAGUAGGUUGGUAUUAUUGUCAGCAUUACAGUCCUCGUUACGAUGACUCUCUUUGGCGUCUCUCUAUAGUUGACGUUGAAAACGAUGAGUUGGAGGAAUGGCGGAAAUGCAAUGACGAAGAACAACUUCAAGAAGUAUUACCUUUAUUGAUCAACUGUAGCCCAAAAGCAAAGAAAAUCAGUGAUGCAAUUAUAAGUG